GUAUGGAGGAAGCAGCUGCUGAUCUGAUCUCUGACAUUGUGUGAGACAGACAUCUGAAUAAACUGCGCACAGACGUGUCUUUAAACAUACCACACCGAGGAACGCCGUGGAUGAUUAAAUGAACAGAUAUGCCGAUCCAACACCGCUCUCUGUGCACCUUUACCUCUCCAACCUUCCGAAUGAACUCCCAUCUUGAGCCGCAUCAAGCACAUCCCAGACCACCCCCGACCGGGGCAUCUGGUGUCCACCCGCCGGGUGCAGCAGGAGCGUUUCGUUACAGGGUGGCUGCUCGGUGGUCGUCUGUGACAGAGCCAGCCAGCAUGGAUUAUUAUUUUCUUAUUGUAUCCAUAUAUCUUGUUUGUGGGAUUUCUGCUCUUAAUUGAAGGGAUGGCAGGGUUGUCAUGGUGACACCAGGACAUAAAGCUUGUUGUGAGCUCAGCCAAAGAGCGAUCUCUUUGUGCUCUUGGCCUCAUCAACCAGUGUGCAAGACCAUAGUUUGUAUUGAAUAUUGAGGUUUAUUGAACGAAAAUGUAUUAUCAAAUAAGUACUUCUUCACUUAUGCAAGUGCGCUGAAACUUUCUUCAUACAUAUUUUCUUUUGUGCCUGUAAUAAAAAUCCUUGCUCAAUAUCGGGUUAAACUAUAACACCGACGGGAUCAUUGCUGAUGACGCGCCAACAAUUCUUCCUCUGAGCCAAUGUACAAAAUGUAAUCAUUCAAGAGUAUCAUUGUCUUUUUAUUAAGGGUACUUAGUUAAUGAUACAGGGCUUCUUACAAUAUUGAAUAUCUUUGUGUUGUAAAUGUCUGUCAACUCCUGAGCCUGUAGCCUCUUUAAACUACUUAAUCUGGCAUGUGACAAAUUGAGGCUUGAUCCUGGCUGAAUGCAGAUCAGUCUAUAAGAGCCAUCCACUCGGUAAGAUGUAGGCCUUCCACUCAUUCCUGCAGUCGUUGGAUGGUUUCAUGCUCAUUUACACACAGUGAUCAGCUGGGUCCUGUCUGCGACGAGGUGGGCGUCGAGGAGUGGAGCCUUAAGUCUGUUCAGUUGCUUGAGAGGACCUCCUUGAAGGUCCUUUGCUGGAGUCAAGAGGAGGAAGUGCUGAGAGCCUCUCCGUCCUCGCCAGACGUGGAGGAGAGGGCCAGGAAGUGCAAUAGAGGCAGACAGGCACAGCCCCAGGGGGUGUGCCCCCAGGGAAGACUUAGGAAAACAAGGUCAACCCUUGGGAUAGCACAUCAUUCCAUUAUGUCUUUGUUUUGAUUUGUUUUGAAAUCAGUUCACCAUCAAAAACUGUGAUUGUUGUCCACAUGCCGUUUAACAUUAACGACCUCUUCUCUCCUUUCUCUCUUCAGACCUCUUUGAUUUAAUGGGUCCAAUCAUUGGGAUGUCACCAGAUAAGAAAACGGAAAUUCCAGGUAUGCAAGAGGAGCGGACGGGGCUCAGAGGUGUUUGUGGUGUGGGAACACUGCCCGAGGCGGAGUGUGCGUCCAGUCCGCUGGCGACUAGUGUGGAUCGUGCUGGAGGUACGGAGGAUGAGGAGCUCACCAACCUCAACUGGCUGCACGAGAACCUGCUGCAGAACUUCACUCUAGGAGGUCCGGAAGCUCAGCCCAGCGGCAGUCCCCUCUUUGACAUAGAGGGAGACUACGGGCCCAACCAUGGCGCGUCGUCCUCCUCCUCAUCUUCGUCACACAGCAGAGGCAGGGAGCGGGACUCGUUGAAGUCUAAGCCCCCUUUCUCGUUUUCUCUCCUCAUCUACAUGGCCAUCGAGCAGUCUCCCAGCAAAUCUUUACCUGUUAAAGAAAUCUACGGCUGGAUUCUCGAGCACUUCCCUUAUUUCUCCAACGCUCCCACUGGCUGGAAGAACUCAGUUCGUCACAACUUGUCCCUGAACAAAUGCUUCCGCAAGGUUGAGAGGAGUUUGGGAAAGGCCAAUGGAAAAGGUUCUCUCUGGUGUGUUGACCCCGAGUACCGGCCCAACCUGAUCCAAGCCCUUAAGAAGCAGCACUUCCCUGCCGCACAUGCCUUCUGCACACCACCCGCCUCCCCACCCAGUGCCUCCUCACCCCCUCGCCAUCUCUUUCUACAAGGCUGCUCAUUCAAAGAGUCUGACAUUGAUGCUGCCACUGCCAUGAUGCUCUUAAACUCUGCCCCCGGGCACCACGUUGACCCAUGCAAAUCUGACGGCCCACUGGACCUCUCCCGACCCGACUCUGUCCUGGUGAGCAGUGAUCCAAAGCAGGACCACAACUACAGCAGCGUAGCCCUGCAGCGCUGCUCCUCCCGUUCCUCCUCGUCGUCUCUUUCCUCCCUGGAAGAAGGAGGCUGUGACCGCAGACAGUCCCACCGCGCUGGCAGCGAGGGCUUCCACAGCGACGAGGACUCUGACCUCUGGGACGAGAGAGGCGUCCACCAGACUUCUCGACGUCCGGCCGCCAUCAAGUGGCCUGUCUGUAAGAGGGCACGACGUGAGGUCAAGCCGGAGCUGGAUGAGGAGCUGAAGGAAGCCGCAGGCUCCUUGCUGCACCUCGCUGGUAUACGCAGCUGCGCGGAGGGAUCCAAACGCACUGUCAAGAGCACAAAACUUAACAGGAAAUGAAGAUUAUUUUUGCCCCCCAUCAGACUCCGGACCCUGUGAACCCUAACCUCUGACCCCUGAUCGUGUGUCCCAGUGUGCCUCCUUCUCCUUAUCUGAUCGUUCAUUGGCCAUUUUGAGCCUUUUUUUUUGUUUGGGAAUAUCCCUGUCCAACAAAACAAAUGGCAAUAGUAUCGUUCACACAGGAGAACAAAGCCAUAUAGAGACUUUUGUAACUCGGGGGGUGACUGCUGGGGGCGGGUGUUUGGGCAAUGGAGAACCAUCAAGAAAUCUAUCCAAAAUGACCUGCCUGCUUCUGUUGGAUUAGAAGAUUGUGAUUCAAGAUUUUUUCUCUGAAAGACAAAACGGGAAAAGCUGAAGGUUUUAUAACUCAAAGCGUUGCAUGCUUCCUCCUCAAACCUGUAUCCUCUUCCAAGUGAAUCUAUUUAUGAAGCGAAUGAGUGCAUGUUUGUAACAGACAAAACCUAACCUCCUGGUGUUAUCAGUUUCUCCUUUUUGUGCUAAAGAAAAAAAAAUGCCACUGUUUUGAAAGGAAUUCUUGCUCCAUGAAUCCUCUUGUAAGAGAGAUGCAAUAAUUAAUCCACAACCUUAACUUUUUUGACUUUAUUUCAUGGUGGCAUUUUUUCAGAGUUGAGUAUGCUAGUUAAACUUUACAAUUAAGAGAAUGAAUGGAGUAGUACUAUAAUCUUGUUAUGCGAUAAACUUAUUACACACGAGCUCUGGCUCUAUUUCAGGAUUAGCAAGAUGUGGAAAUAGUAUUACUCUGCCACUGCCAAAUUUAGUUGCAAAGUUAGCUAUACUACUUCGCUCGGUUUUGUGCGGCCAUUACAGUGCUAUACAAAUGAAAGCUGUUUUCAUAUUUGUUUUCAUAUUUUUUUGCAAAUCCAGUGCUCAUCCUUUCAAUCCCUUUAAUUCAUCAGUGUGUUUUUGACAUUUAUUGUGCAGACAUAUAUCCACAUGUUUGGUGAUAGCCUAUGCAAAGUGAACAUCUGCCACGUGUUGCCAGAUGUUCACUGUGUGUUCAUAGGUUAUCCUCCAUAGAUUUUAUUUUUUAUUUCUUCUGUGUGUGUGUGUAUCAUAGUGCAUGUCGACUUCAGCCGAAACCUGAGAUGACGGGUCACGACAGAAAAGAGUUUGAAAUGGUCAAACUUUUUUCUUCUACUGACAAAGUAGUCAUACUGCUCCAAUGAAUGUGAUUGGUGUAAUGACGGAUCUCCUUGCUACUGCUGUAUUGUGGGGCUGCUUGGUACUCUGCUUGCUUCUGGUCCUCUUUGAAUGCAGAGCUGGUUAAUAUCCAGAAACGGGAGCGGACAGUAAAUUACCACAGCUCCAUUCUUUGGGUUUACAGUUGAAUUAUACCUCCCUGUGCUUUCCUUGCUUUUUGAACCAUAUGCUUAAGAAAACAACAAAAUUAUACUGCUAAUUUUCUGUUCGCUGGUCCUGUGGCAAAGUUAUUUCACAACUUGAGGGAGAGUGUGUCUGUUCGAGAAGGGGACAGUACAGUCGCGGCCAGAGAGAACUGGACUUUGUAUGUGCAGUCGCUCGCAGGCGAGAUGUUGAAGAUCUGUGCUGUGCUAAAGUUGUGCCCUCAGUUCUGGCUGGCCACAAGUGUUUCGUCCUCGCUCUUCCUCCCAGAACAAAAUAAGGAAGUGCACGCUCUCUUCUCAAGCUGUUUUAAAAUGGGGGUGUUUAUUUGUCAGUUGGUUACAUACAGUUAACUGGGGGGAAGUUGCGAGCUGCUUGUGUAAAAGGCCACAAUUCUCAUUUGAGCUUUUUUUUCUUCUUCUUUUUCUUUUUAAAGGCUGCAUUCUCGCAGCGUACAAUACGAAGUAGCAUGGGAACUCACAAGGGUAACCAAACUGGAAAAUUAAAUUAUUUUCUUCCCACAGUAUUAGAUCACAUUGACUCUUAGUAUAGCAUGCAUGGUCGGUGCCAAACAUUUUCUUGUGCCACUGAUGUGAAACUGCAAAGGGCCAUGGCCACUAUAUUCCCCUGCUGCCACAAUGUAGUUGUGAUUAAGAGUAACAAUGCCCUAGUUUUCUGAAUCAUCCGGACAGGAAAUGGGAGAGGACUGUGGUCAGUGCAGUGACUUAACCAAUCUUUUGGUUUAUUUUUGUCGUUUUAGAGCAGGAACAGUUCUUAGCAGAAUAAGCUGCCGUUCCCAGAAGUAAUAUUUGCAUACACUGGUCUUGUUUAGCUGUGAAAAAAAGAACAAAUUAUUGUUCAUUAAUCAUCACCUUAUUUAUGACAUUAAUUUAUGGGAUUAUUGAAUGCAUACUCUAUCAAACACUGGUCAUUUAAAACAAGUGACUAGACACAUUUACUUUUUCCCCUCUGUGAAAGUCUUUUGUUUUUCUCCUUGUUUUAUUUUACAGCAAUACACCUUUUUUUUCUUUCACUAUGUUAUAGUGAUUAAGUAUUUUGCCAAUGUCUAUUGUCUUUAGAGCGGGUGUUUUUGUUUUGUUUGUUUGUUCGUUCUUUCAAUUUAACCAUGACUGCCAGGUUUUCUUGAUGUUUGUUUGUUUUGCUUUUUGUUAGGCUGGAUAGUUUAUUAACAUUGAUCCUGAAACCUUUUGUUGCCAAAAUUGAUGUACAGCUGGGGUAUAAAAUUUAAGAUGGACACAUUCCCCCAUGUACUGUAGAAGUUCUCUGAAGAUGAUUGAAUCAUUUUUACAUUUGUCUCAUGUUUAUGUAUAGAUAUUAUGACUAAGUAGUCACAAAUUGAAGACGGAUUAGCUCUCGAUUUCAUCUCAGAUUAGAGUCUGACUGCCACUCAUAACUCAUGCUUCCAGGUAUUGUUAUGGAACGUUGAAAUGUUUAGAAUAUCAUUGAAAACUGGAUCAGACUCCCUCAGGCCCCAGGCUGCUGCUGCUGCUGCGUAGUUUCUGACUUACAUUUAAGUAUAGUGACAACUGCAGAGAAAUUAUGGAGAGUCUUGUAGAGGAAAAGCUCACUCAUUCUUUCUGUAGCACUUGCAAAUGAAACGUUAUGUUGGUCUCUAAAUCACACUGAGUCAGAUUGUAAACAUUUUGGGGUCCAAUUUAGCCAACUCAAAACCCAGUUGCUUCAAUGCUCAACAGCUGUUAAUUAAAUUAAAUAUUGAUUAUGUGAUUCUCAAAAUCUCUGUUGCAGUUCCCAAGGGUAUGAUGAACAUUUUGUUGCAUUUGACAAAGCUGCCAACCCAGUAUCAGUUUGUGUCAGUUGUCUGCCAUGUCUAUUGGACCGACACACCUUUUGGUUUUUGUAUGCUAACCUCUGUUGAUAAAAUGUUUAUAAGAUUUAUUUUCGCCAAAGAUAUGCAAUUGCAUUAUAUAUGGUAUUACAAAAUAUUAAUAAAAACCUGUUCUUGUUA